ACCGCAAUGACGUCGCUAGCAACCCAGCUGCAGCGGCUAGCCCUGCCCCAGUCGGAACUGGCUGUACCAGACAAGGACCGGGAACGUGCUUCACUGCUGUUUGAUCCCAAGGAGGCUGCUAAUCUAGACAGGGAUACCUUCUACGCUUUGGGAGUGAAUGGUCUGGAUGAGCUGGCCAACAUCGACCCCGUGUUUACAGACUUCCACAACAACCUGUUCAGUCAGUCGUCUAAAAAUCUGGAGCGAGUCGUCCAGACCAAGGAGGUGAACGCCAGACUGGAUGAGAACAUUUCUCGCUUCCUGACGUGCGUCUCUCCGUACUUCCUGCUGAGACCUGCCCAGAAGGCACUGGAGUGGCUUAUCAACAGGUUCCACAUCCACAGAUUUAACACAGAUGAACUGGUGGCAUGUGUGUUGCCCUAUCACCAGACUAAGAUGUUUGUACGAGUUGUCCAGCUCUUAAAGAUCGACCAGCCAACCAACCGCUGGAACUGGAUGGCAGCCAUUAAGAAACCUGGCACCCCUCUGGCAUGGUCCACUGUUAUCAACCACUGUGCUGCUGAUCUGGGCUUCCUCACCUUCAUCUGUGAUAUGGUGCAGAAGGCAGUCAAGGUUCACUCUUCCCUGGACUCCUCUGCACCCUCCCCCAUGCGUGCCCUCAUCAGUUUCUAUGCCACCACCAUCCUGGGGGCACUGGAGGUCACGGAAAUCAUCAAAGAGAACAUGGUGACAAAACUGCUGCCCUACAUCAUAAAGGGGCUGAAGUCCCGGACUAUUCCGGACUACAAGGCAGCCUCGUAUCUGAUUAUAGGACAGCUGGCUAACAAAAUCACCAUGCAGGGUCUUCUGGUACAGACCACAUCAGCCCACAGCUGUCUGUGGAGGCUGUCACCUGUCUGGCUGUUCUGUGUCACAAACAGCGGGUGGACAAGCUGCCCAAGAGGUCCUUCAAACACCUGUGUAGAGUACCAGGCCUGGUGCAGACCCUGGCCAGACUGGGCACUGCUCAUGACAUCACAGGACUGCUGGCCGUCUUCUUACCAGCACUUGUCAAAGCUGCUGUCAAUGAUACAGUCUCCACCACCACAGGUACCAGCAGUGAGGGUGAGGAUGGUACCACUGGUCCUGUCAGCUACUGUGGUCUUCUGGAGAACCUGCUGUUAGAUGUGGAACUGACAGAAUCACUACAGACACUGGUGGCCAAACAUUUGUUCCAAGAGUACCUCACAGUAAGAGGUCAUGUGGCUGGAAAGUCAUCAGCCACAGUGCAGUCUCUAAAUGAGAGGGUGGGGCCCAUUGUCAAACUGAUUGACAGGAGAUACCCUGUUGCCAUGGAUACCAUCCUGCAGAUCCACAUGGGUCAGAGUUCAGAGGAGGCUUCCCAUGAUGCCGAGCAUGUGCAGGAGUUUGUUAGCUUGUCACUUGGAGGGUUAAAACAUCAGCUGGUCCCUGAAGCACAGACAUCCCUGGUGCUGUCUCUUAACCAUCCCAAUGCUACUGUACGCAAAAAUGCUGUCAAACACCUUCCAAAGGCCUGGGAAAGCCAACAGGGAGAAGCUGAUAUGCAGUUCGUGAGGGAUGGUCUAGUCCAAAGACUUAGAGAUGAUGAUGAUGGUGUUGUAAUGGCUGCACUCGGCAUUAUGAAGGACCUGCCCACCCUACCUAAGGAGGGACUUGAGGACACCUUGAUUCCGCUACUCCGUCGGAGCGGUUUGAGUGAAGCGGCCGCAGAACUCCUGACCAGCGCGGCCCUCCUACAGGAUAACCCUGCCGUUCACGACAAGGUGGCGGUCGCUGUUCUGCCGCUCAUGUUUGUGGUCGUCCCCAACGCCAAGUCUGGGGAGGUCACCACGGCAGCUAUGGUAGCGCGGUCCUACCUGUGUCAGGAGCAUCCGCUGCUCAAAGGGGCCCAGCAAGGUAGACACAACAGUGCACCAUGGAGCCAUCUGAGUCAGAGUAGUGAUGUCAAUGUUGUCAUGGCAACAGCCAAUCAGGGCUUGGUUAGUCAUCUUGCAGGGAACCUGGCAGCCAUGGAAUCAGACACGAGGAAGUCAAUGAUUCAAAAGCUAUAUGAGGCAGCAACAUCUUCCACAGAGGAUUGUUGUGAUCUGCCCAUGGUUGUUAGCUUCAUCCUGGCACAUCUGAUUGGGCAGCUGGACUCGGGCGACCAGGGGGCCUUGUGUCAGCAGGCGCUGGAUCUGGUCUGCAACAGGCUGCACCAAGUGGGGUUCUCAGAAGGCAGCAAGCCAUUGCAGAGAGGGAAGAGUUCACUGGAUGUGCAGAAGCUGAAAUUCCUCCACACCAAGGUUGCCAUCAUGCCACAGAACUUGUCAAUUCACUACCAGAAGAUGAGCUACCAAGGCUUGGGACCUGACAGCCCACAGUUUGUUCCAGUUCUUCUCUGGCUGCUGAACAACAUCAUAGUCAACCUACAUGUUCCUGCAGACUUGAAAUCUCAGCAGUGGUGGAGCCAGCAGACAGCUGAUCCUUCCCAGAAGUCCUACCUGUCCCUGUUGGUACAGCUAUUUGACCUUCUGGUGACCUUCACAUCAGGAAACAAAGCAGAUCACUACAUUCCCCACUGGAGACAGCUCAUGCAGAACUUUCUCAAGGUGCACCUACCAGAGACCACGACCUUAUUCAGGUUCCUGUCCAUGUUAUGGGUGUGUCACCAUGACAACACCAGCCACGCCCGAGCCCUGGUGCAGGUCCGGGCGCUCCACAUGGCAGCUGUGUGCAUCAACAGCUCUGCUGACAAGGCAGUGUCAGAACUACUCAGCAAGGAGUCUGGUGUGCUGCCCUCCCUGCUAGUGACCUUACAGCACAGAGUCCCUACAGUAAGGGAAGCAGCGGUGGCAGUGUUGGGGGCACUGUUGGAAUGGUCAGGCAGCUCCAUGUAUGGAGAGGUCCUAGUGAAGAGACUGGUCCAUGCCAGGGAAGAACUGGUAGCAGACAACAACCACCUGAAACAGGCCCUUCAGGUGCUUUUUAAGCCCUUGGAACAAGCCAAGCUGCCUGUGAGUAAAGCAUCUCCAGGUAAACACAAGCAGAAGGCUGAGGCGAAGCAGGCAGUACUUCAGACCACAUUGGACAACCUUCUUAAUCAUGUGACUGCUGAGGCUACCCCUUGUCAUAUGAAACUGGGUUUACUGGAAGCUCUGCAACUUGUGAACAGUCAGGGUGUAUUAUCUUCCCUGCUGCCCAUGCUGAGUACCCUACUGGAGAAAUGUCCAGAUGGUCUCACACCAGAAGAAGCUGUCAUCCUUCAGCACAUCCUGGUGAGAUACCAGGUCCCCACAGCCCCCCUGCUGCAGCCUUCCCAUCAGGCCCUGCAGCUGUUCCAGAAGUCCAUGGGGAUCAGUGGUAAACCGUGUGAUGGCCAGGAGUCACCACAGACCAUGGCUCUGGGACAGAUCACAAAAGAGUUCUUUUCCUCGCUGCCCUCCCCUGCUGUGCGACAAGCGCUGUUGUGUACCCUGUUUGACCUACAGGUCAUUGCCCCCAACCCUCAAAUUGCCAAGGAGAUCAGCCAUGUUCUCAAAGUGAUUUCCCUCCAGGCUGAAGAAGUUGCUAUAGAGCUGAAGAAGUUCACACAGUCUGCUCCUUCCACCUCAGUUAGAGGUGCCAAGAAGAUAAGAAGAGCUACUCUGCAGGCCAAGGUAACACAGCGGUCAGCGACGGACAGCGAACCGUGGCGCCGAGUGACGGUCAUCCUGGAAAUGCUACAGAACAAGAAGAAAGUGCGGAACCUGCAGCUUAUUGUGCCACCUCUGUUUGCAAUCCUAGCAAGGUGUCUGGAGGAGGAGGAGCAGACACCUGUGGAGUACCUGAAGCAGCUGGUUCUCACCUGUCUACUCAACACCUGUGAGCGACUCUCACCUGACAACAAGCCCUUGCCACCAGCUGUGCUUCCCGAGGAACAGUUUAAUGCUGAGCUGGUUGUGCAGUGUAUCCAGCUGUCUGACAGCCCUCAGACCCAUAACCAGGCACUGCUGUUGCUCGGAACAGCAGCUGGGCUCUUCCCUGAUAAGGUGUUGCACCAGGCCAUGGCUAUCUUCACCUUCAUGGGAGCCCACGUGCUGCGACAGGACGACACCUACAGUCUACAGAUCAUCACCAGAACUGUGGACACGGUCAUACCUGCUCUCAUACAGGCUAGCGAACGGAACCCGUCUCUCACUGUAGCCAACCAGAAGCUGGACAGCAUUGUUGCCAUGGUGAUCCGUGUAUUUGUGGACGCCCUGCCGCACAUACCGGAGCACCGCCGGCAGGCCGUGUUCCAUCAUCUUGUGCGUACCGUUGGUGGGAGUCAGUACCUGUGGACAACGUUAGCGCUGGUGUUUGAGAGUAAAGUGGUGGGGAAGACUGGGGGAGGAGAUCACUCAGAUGGAGAGGACAAGGUGCUAGACACAGAUGCAGAGUUCUGUGUGGAGCUGUGUUCACACUUCCCUCCAGAUGUCCAGGUGCUCAGCCUUGUGAAGUUACUGAAGUAUGUCUCCAGUCUUCCCGAGGACAAAGAGGACCGGAGAGGACCCACUCCAGCCAAGAGGCCUCGGAGGAAUGAACCAGCUCCGUCAGAGAAUCAGUCAGAGCCUCUCUUUGAUGUGGCCAACCAUACGGCUCGCCAGCUGCGGAACUUCAAGUUCCUGGCCAUCAGUUUCUUCCCAGUGUUGCUAGGCAACAGCUCAUUUGUCGGACAGUUGGUGGACUUAGAGAUGGAAGGCAGUGACAAGAUGAGAGGGCUGUACCAAAGUCUACUAGAGGAAACCCUGCAGUACAUCCGCCAGGUUGCCUUGUCCCUUGACAAGAACUCCAACAAUCCUACAGCCAGAUUCUGGAGAGCUCUACUGCACAAAGCCUAUGACACAUUGGAAAAGGUGAAUGCCUUGCUGCCCACCGAAGUGUUCAUUGGAGUGGUGUCAGGUCUGAUGCAGAAUAACAUGGCCACUGUGAGGAAGAAGGCCAUGGAGCUGCUCAACAGCAAACUACAACAACCAGGGCAACAAUGGGCACAGGGGGAGGUCUCUCUACUGCUGGAUAUGCUCCAGGAGUUACAGAAUGUUGCCAUGGCCACCAAAGAAGACACGCCCACAGCUGAGGAGUUGGCUGUUAAUCGGCAGACUGCCCUGUACAGUCUGAAGCUGCUCUGUCGGGCACUAGGAACUGCUCACCCAGACAGCUUUGUGGAGGUUCUGAAGGGGGUUACGAAAAUCAUGGGCAACACUGAGGAAAACCCUUUGGUUGUAUCAGCUGCAUUAUUGUGUCUGGCAGAACUGUGCACCUGUCUGAAGGCUCAUGCCAUCCCCCACCUCCCCGCCUUCAUGCCUCCCCUCAUCAACAUCUGUCAGUCUACACAGCUGGCCAAGAGUCAGGAGUUGUUGCUGCUGAGUGCCCUGACAGCUGCACACAAAGUGUGUGAGAGUCUGCCUCACUUCCUCAGCCCUUACCUGCUGCAGCUACUUCUACAGAUAACCAGAUUGUCCCAGCUGAUGGCAGAGGCAAAGGAGUUUGCUCAGAAGGCCCACAUCACAGCAAGGCUGAAGGCCAUCAGACACUGCCUGGCCAGCACCAUUGCCCCACGUAUCCUCCUCCCUGCCAUAGCACAUUGUUAUGAUGAGCUACAGAAACACACCCAGGGUGGUAUUGGUGCUCUCAUGUCUGUUCUGUCGGAGCGUAUCACCACCAUGUCUAAAGAUGACAUCGGCGCACACCAAUCCCAGAUGGUCACUUUCUUCAUGACUGCACUCAACUACAGAGCCAAACAUGCACAGGAUGACCUUGAAGUUGUACAGCAAGUUGAAGGUCAUGUGAUGGAGGCAGUUCUGUCCUUGGUGAUGAAGUUGUCCGAGGUCACCUUCAGACCCAUGUUCUUCAAGCUGUAUGACUGGGCCAGCCGACCUGACAGUUCCAGGGAACGGUUACUGACGUUCUACCGGCUGGCAGAGGCCAUGGCUGACAGGCUCAAGAGUCUGUUUGUGCUGUUUGCUGGCCACAUUGUCAAAAAUGCUGCCGCUACUCUAGACUCCAACAAUGUCAUCAAAGCAGAAGAGUCGUAUUUUGGUGACAGCGAUGCAGACCAGAGGAAGUCCUCCCUGUUGCUAGGAUACAUCAUGGACUGUCUCCAUAAGGUGUUCCUGUAUGAUAAUGAGAACUUUGUCAACAAGGAGACCUUUGACCUCCUGAUGCAGCCUCUGGUGGACCAG